GGCAGUUGAUAUUCGUUUAGCUUGAUUAGGUUUUGAUCUCAUGCAAUCAAUUCUGGUUUUGAUAGUAAUUUAUACAUAAAGCAGUGCAUUGCUUUUAGAAAAAAGGAUUGAAAGUGAUUACUAGUCAUUGUCUCAUUAGGUAGUCUAGUUGAAUACCAUUUCGAUUUGUUUCACUGUGGGAUGGAUCCGAAUGAUGCUAGUUUGACGUGCGUGGCAAAUGCCGAGUGGUUAAAUGCCCAAGGUAUUGCUGUAAAAAAGAUUGCUUAUAAACAAGCUACUCUUCGGAUAGUGCGGAACACUUUAAAGGAAAUGUUCCUGGAGAUUUCGACCGAGAAGUCCAAACCAAUUAAGCUGAAGCUAAAAGGAAUUAACGUCCAUUCAAAGUUUAUGGUAGAAGGGAAGGCAACCAUUCGGUUUAACGAGGAAAAAUGUACUUUGUUCCUGUCCAAUGCUCCGCCGGGACUACUGGUUCAAUUUCUGAAGAUAAUUUUUAUCAAAAUCACCACCGGAGCGACAUCCAAUGGAGAAUCCAAAGAAGAAUUGUUGAAAAAGACUCGUGCCCAUUUACUAUCGGACAAGGCUAAUCAGUUUGACGACAUUAGUCCGGUUACCACGGCGGAAAUGUCUCGUGCGCGCAAACUGGCGGUUGGUAAAGGAUCUGUUACCACUCCUUCACCACCACAGAAGCGUAAACGUGUUUCCGGUGAAGCUGACCGUCCGGCUCCGAAGAAAUUGUACACACCUUCGCCAUUGACAGGAAAUUUAGAAUCCGAGGUGCUAAACGAGCAGCAACGGUUGGUAAUGGAUGCAUGCAAGUCCGGACGAAGUGUUUUCUUCACCGGUUCAGCCGGGACGGGCAAAAGUUUUCUACUGAGAAAGAUCAUUUCAACACUUCCUCCGGACGGUACGGUGGCUACGGCUUCCACCGGGGUGGCUGCUUGCUUGAUUGGUGGCACCACGUUGCAUUCGUUCGCUGGCAUCGGAAGCGGAGAGGCGGAACUGCAACGGUGUUACGAAAUGGCAUCGCGACCAAAUUCUAGUCAAAUCUGGAGAAAGUGCAAACGGUUGAUCAUCGAUGAGAUUUCAAUGGUUGAUGGCGAUUACUUUGAGAAAAUUGAAGCCGUUGCUCGUUAUAUUCGAAAAAGUGACAAACCGUUCGGAGGGAUUCAGUUAAUUUUGUGUGGCGAUUUUUUUCAAUUACCUCCAGUUGUUAAACAAGACAAAUUUUCUCGUGGAGCCUUUUCACAGGACAACGAUAAACAGGCGGUGGUUCGCUUCUGUUUCCAAACUAAAGCAUGGAAGGAAUGUAUUCAAAACAGCUACGAAUUAACGGUUGUCCAUCGUCAAAAAGAUCCGGAGUUUAUUUCCAUACUGAACAGUAUUAGAAUCGGUCGCAUAACAAGCGAAAUCCGUGACCGAUUGACCGCCACCUCGAAGCAGAAGAUUGAAGUGGAAGGAAUACUCGCGACACAGCUUUGUUCGCACACCAACGACGCAGAUUUGAUAAAUCAAUCGAAGCUUAACAAUUUAUCGGGAGAGGAAAAGACUUAUCAUGCGACUGAUAGCGAUGCUUAUAUGACUAAACAAUUGGACCAACAAGUUCAAGCUCCAGGAAAACUUACGCUAAAAGUAGGUGCCCAAGUAAUGCUACUAAAAAAUCUUAACAUAGCCGGGGGACUGGUUAACGGAGCUCGAGGUGUCGUGUUAGAUUAUGUCCAAGGUUAUCCGCUUGUUAAAUUCAAAAAACGAGAAUACCUCGUGAAACCGGAGAAGUGGUCCAUCAAAACAGCCGGUGCGGUCAUCGUUAGCAGAUCACAGCUGCCGUUGAAGUUAGCGUGGGCUUUUUCGAUCCACAAAUCUCAGGGCCUCACGCUGGAUUGUGUCGAAAUGUCUCUCUCGAAGGUGUUCGAAGCCGGUCAGGCUUAUGUGGCAUUGAGUCGAGCGCAAAGUUUAGACAGUCUCCGGGUGUUGGACUUCGAUGGUAAGCAAGUUUGGGCGAAUCCGACGGUGCUGGAGUUCUAUCGGGAUCUAAGACGUCAGAUUCGCGAUCGUGACCUAAUGAUGCCGGUUGCUGUGGGGCAGAAGAAGAAGGAUGCCGGUGGUUUGAAAAAAUCACUCUCCGCCAUGGGUUUGACGAAGUCGCUGAUUAAUAAACCACUUGUGACAAUCAGUUAAGUGAUACAUAUUUAAUAUUGAGUCUCAAAUUAUUUACGAUAUACAAUCAAUUAGGCAAUAUUUUCAGUAUCAUAGAAUACUUAGAUUCAUUUCCAGAAACAGUACUUAAAGUGAAUAUUGAUUAAGCUACAUUUGUACGACAUAAACACUAAUUCAAUA